CCUACACCACCAAAAGCUAAGCUAGUGCAAACUACGAAGUAGGAGAAGAUGGAGAGCUCAAGGAGGGCGCUCCUCCUGGUGGCGGUGGCGGCGAUGGCCAUCGGCCUCGCGAGUGCCAGUUUCCGUGACAACUGCGACAUUAAGUGGAACCCCGAGAACGCGGCCUUCUCCGACGACGGCCACGGCCUGACCAUGUCCCUAAAGAGCAACUCCUCUGGCUGCUUGCUGCAGACGAAGAAGCAGUUCAUCUACGGCAGCGUCUCCACCCUCAUCAAGCUCGUCCCGGGGAACUCGGCCGGCACCGUCACCACAUACUACACAUCUUCUGUGGGGGACGACCACGACGAGAUUGACUUCGAGUUCCUGGGGAACGAGACGGGGCAGCCCUACACGCUGCACACCAACGUGUUCGCCGACGGCGUCGGCAAGAAGGAGAUGCAGUUCGUGCCCUGGUUCGACCCCACCGCCGACUUCCACGCCUACACCAUCUCCUGGACGCCCUGCAUGAUCGUCUGGUACGUCGACGACGUCCCCAUCCGGGUGUUCCGCAACUACCGGGACAAGGGCAUUGCGUACCCGAUCAAGCGUCCGAUGUUCGGCUACUCCAGCAUCUGGUCGGCGGAGGACUGGGCCACGCAGGGCGGCCGCGUCAAGGCCGACUGGAACAAGGCACCCUUCGUCGCCGGCUACCGCGACAUGGUCCUCGACGUCUGCCCCUGCGACGGAGCCGACUCCUGCGUGUACGGCUGCGAUGGGGCGUUCAGCCACGGCGGGCGGCAGCAGAACUGCGCUGGCCUCACCGACCAGCAGCGGGCCAAGAUGCAGGAGGUGCAGAAGACUCACAGGAUCUACGACUACUGCGUCGACUACAGGGACAACAAGAAGCCCGGCCCCGAGUGCAGCCUGCCGCAGUACUGAUCGACCCAUGCAUAUCCAGCUGCAGUCUGAUCGUGGUCGUGGCACGCACCAAGCGGCAAUGGUUGGCCGGCCGAUCUACUACCACGGCAUACACGACCCAUUGAUUCCAUUGGGACUUUAUUUAUUUAUUUUUUGAUACAUAUAUUUUUGUUUUCUCAAGGUUUUUCAUUCUUGUUGCUCCCGGGAUGUUUUUUCCAAAUUUUGUUCAAUGCUUACCCGAUUAAGUAAUCAUCAACGAUCUUUUUUGAAUGGAUCACAUAGGGCAUGAUUGGUUGCAUGCAUGAACCAACGAGCCAGGCCGCUAAUGAAUCAUGUAAGGUUACCCACAACCACAACACACCACGACUACAAUAAUCUAUUGAUCUAUGGCAAAUUUACUAUGAUAAUUUUUUUAAAUGGCAUAGAUUGGCCUAAAUCCCGCAGUGGCACCAAACUUUUCGUCUCGAUCAAAAGAAAGCUUACCAUGCCUAAUUGGGUGGUGUGCUCCCGGGAUGUUUUUUUUUUCCAAAUUUUGUUCAAUGCUUACCCGAUUGAGUAAUCAUGAACAAUCUUUUUUGAAUGGAUCACAUAGGGCAUGAUUGGUUGCAUGCAUGAACCAACGAGCUAGGCCCCCUAAAGAAUGAAGUAAGGUUACCCACAACCACAACACACCAUGACUAUAAUAAUCUAUUGAUCUAUGGCAAAUUUACUAUGAUAAUUUUGGCCUAAAUCCCGCGGUGGCACUAAACUUUUCAUCUCGAUCAAAAGAAAGCUUACAAUGCCCAAUUGGGUGGUGCUUUUUCAUGACCAAAGGAGGGUUACCACCAAAAACAUCACAUAUAAGGGAGAUGCAUAACUACUUAAAAUAUGAAUUUAUUUUGAAUUUACAGAUCCUAUUUGAGAUACAUGUACUUUUUUUUCUGUAGAGAGAGAUACAUGUAGUUCAAAUUUGAAUAAUAUCUAAUAAUUAACUCGACACUCAUUUAAGACCUAAAUAAUGGCAAAUGAUUUUAAAAAAAUACUACCUUUGAUAUGAACACUACAAUAGUAUAUUCCAUGUACAAAACAUUUGGAAUACUGCAAACAACUAUUUUUGUAAGGUCCUAUACAAGGUACCUUAUCUUGUUAUUUCAGAAAUAGAAAAAAACAUAACAAGAUGGAACAUAAAGGAAGGAAAAUC